CGUAAACACCGCACCGCUGCUGCUGUCUGCUUUGUUUACCAGUUCACUGCCUGUCUGCCGUAAUCGCUCCUUCUUCUCCGCGUCUCUGAAUGACAGCGAGGAUUUCACUUUGCCUCGAGCGACGUCACACGUUUUUUCCACCUUCCCCAAAAGACAAAUAUACACACGGCAUGUUUGAGAGAGCAGCGUGCGCCGUGAGUCUUUACCUGUGGAAUAGUCCGGCGCGGGACGGUAAAAGUUUUGAGUUGUCUGUUAUUUGAAGUUAUUGGCGACAAUUGAUCGGCACAACCAAGAGGUCAACCACCACAACUAUGACAGUGGACCAUUCCUGGACCUCUUGACCGUGGUGAGAUGCGAGUUUCAGGGGGGAUUAUUAUUGGAUGAUGAGCGCCAACCACCACUAACCAGUUAAGAUUUAUGCAUUUGAGACGUUUAGUGCCACUUUUUUCGUCUGGGAGAUAGAGGACAUCGUGGUAAAUAUUGUGCGUCGCGGGAGUGGAUGUUUGCAGCGGUGCAAAGAUGACACGCGUGCGUCUUUCGCGGAUUCAGCUCGCCCUCUUCUUCAUCUUGCUAUGCCCCGUCAAUAUCAUUGGGCUGUGGUGGGCUGUGGGCAGUCCGCUCGCCAUGGACCCCAACAGCAUCUGCAGAAAGGCGAAGCGUCUGGCGGGAAAGCAGGCCGAGCUGUGCCAAACGCAGCCGGAGAUUGUGAGUGAAGUGGCCAAAGGGGCGCGCCUCGGUGUCCGUGAGUGUCAGUACCAGUUCAGGUACCGCCGAUGGAACUGUACCAGCCACAACAAGUACUUUGGCAAAAUCCUGCAGCAAGAUAUCCGUGAGACAGCAUUUGUGUACGCCAUCACGGCUGCUGGAGUGACCCACACAGUGACCCAGGCCUGCAGUAUGGGCGACCUGCUGCAGUGUGGGUGUGAGGCCACCCGAAACCGCGCUCCUCCACGACCUUCCUCCUACACUCCGGGGGAUGGGGUCAAGUGGGAGUGGGGGGGUUGCGGGGACGAUGUGGAGUUUGGGUAUGAGAAGUCCAAACAGUUCAUGGACGCCAAAAGGAGAAGAGGGAAGAGCGACAUCAGGACACUAAUAGACCUGCAUAAUAAUGAAGCAGGGAGAUUGGCAGUGAAGCUGUACAUGAGGACUGAGUGCAAAUGCCAUGGGCUCUCCGGUUCUUGCACUCUCCGAACCUGCUGGAAGAAGAUGCCUCAUUUUCGGGAAGUGGGUGACCGCCUUCUGGAGCGCUUCAAAGGAGCUUCCAAAGUUAUGGGUGGAAAUGAUGGCAAAACCCUUAUCCCGGUGGGCCAAAACAUCAAACCGCCAGACAAACAGGAUCUAAUAUACUCUGAUGAAUCUCCGGACUUCUGCCUGGCCAAUCGUAAAACAGGCUCAUUGGGCACUAGGGGGCGCACUUGUAACAGCACCGCCCUGGAUAUAAGUGGAUGUGAUUUGUUGUGCUGUCAGAGAGGGUACAAAGAGGAGACGGUUGUUUUUGAAGAGAACUGCUUGUGUAGGUUUCACUGGUGUUGUGUGGUACAGUGCAAAAAGUGCCUGGUCCGAAACGAGCUUAGUAUGUGCCACUGAUCCCAAGUCCUGGAUUAAACCUGGACUAAGCCUGGACUAAAGUUGGACCACAUUUAAUGACUUAAGAUCCUCUUCUAGACUUUUGUACCAGUGGAGAUUCAACAAUGAAUGGAUAUUGACUGUGAAUAUAUACAUGGCUUAUCAGUCCUAUCAUCCACUCUAGACAACAUUAUUUGAGGUUGCAUUGACAGAAUUUCAAUGCACUGAACAACUCCAGGACCCCGUGUAAAAAAGGGACUUGUUGAAAAGAAUAAACUACCUAUUUUUGUCUGUGGAAAAGGACCAAAGAAUGUGAAAAUGUGUAUGUUUCUUUUGCAGCCAGAGACAGAAAUCAUUUACUCUUUUUAUCACCAGAAGACUGCUAUCAAACAAGCUGAAACACAGAGCUUAUUAUGGAACUCGCUGCAGCAUGUACGGUUCAGAUACAUGGGAUUUCUCUGGCAUUUGUGGCAUUUAAUAAUUUUGACAACUCAACAGUUCUGGUGUUUUUGGACUGAUUGAAACAAAUUAUUAUCUACACAUGUUUUUUUUAAUGUAAGGACAACAAGUAUUACCACUAUGUCACAUGCACAUGAAUUAGUUGAGCUUCUGUCUGUUAUGGGGUCUGCCACCUGCUUGUCUCCAUGGAGAUACUGUAUGCUUUGCUUGGAAUAAUCUUCAGUAUGGCAUUGAACAUCACCAACUUGUAUUCAAUUCAGGUGUUUGAUUUGUAAAGAAGUACUCAUACAAACAUGCCCUUUACAGUGAGCAGGUUUGACUCCCCACAGAUCUGACCUGUAACUUGGCUAGGUGGCGCCAAGGAAGUGAAGUUUAAUGUCAUACUAUGAAACAUUCUAGAGUCUUGGCAAAGUAAUUGAUGGGGUCCAAGCUAUAGCAACAGGCCUUCAUCACCAUCUAAGCAAUUCAAAUAAAGAUAUAUAUUCUGAAUGGAAAACAGUCCUCACAAACACCUUCGAAUUAGGAAGGAAUUAUUUGACUUAAAACCAUGAAUAACAUCUCUAUGGAGAAAACAAGUGGUAUACCCUCCACAAGAAAAGUUACAUAGUGCACCUUUAAGGCAUCAGAUUGGUUGACGAACAAAAUCAUCAUAACAUUUCAAGGAUUAGCCUGCUAUUAAUUGUAGAAAAUACUUUACAAUCCAUAAUAAUAAUAAUAAUAAUAAUAACAGUUUUACUCUGUAUAAUAACUCCUUGUUAAGUAAGUUCUAUGAUACAUGUCACUCCAUAAUGUUAUAUAUAGUAUUAGGACCCAUAUAAAGUCAUUAUUAUUAUUUAUAUGAUGUUUGUGUACAAAUAUGAAAACAUAAGACUACUCUUUCCCACUUAUCUCAAAGCACUUUGGAUUGGACGAGCACCGUGGACACCUCACAGUCGGGGUUGUGCGAGGAACAAUGGUUAUGUAUUCCUAUUAUGUAUUUGCCGUAUGUUGUAUAUUCUGAUGUACAGGGCUAAUGUAAUGAUGCACUUUGGAUGCUAACUUUGUCCGGUUUGUGUGAAUGUGUGCUGGAUAGGUGUCUGUAAAGGUUUAAACAUGUGUAUUUUUAUAUGGUUUCUAUUUGUAGCUUCAAGACAUGUUUCUAAUUCCACCAUCAUGCUAAUAAUACACCACAACAGACUCCCAUACAAAAUAUUGCUUAUAGACCACUUAGUUACUCGAUUUCAAAUCUCAACAUAUUUUCAUUUUUAUUAUUCUAUCCCUCUGCUUCUAAACCACAGCAAUCUCUUGAAUAUGUCAACAUUUAAUAUGUUAUUUAUUGUAAUUGUAUUUGGCCAUUCAUAUCUUAAAAAAAAACAAAAAUGUUUAGCUAAAAACAGUCUGUAGUCCCACAUUUCAUCACAAUCAUCAAGUAUGUAUCAAAGAAUGAUCUGACAUUUAAUAAUCAUCUUGUUGUAUCUACUAUUGGGUUUUUUGUUUUGUUUUGUUUUGUUUUUUCAAGUGCACAAUCCCAUUAUUCAAUCUUUAUUCCUAUCCACAGAGAUCAUCCACAGGGUAUGCCUUUCACUGUACAUGCCAUGUCUAUCACGAUCUAUGACUUUCAUCCAAAAUAAAAUCUAAACUCCUUCUAGUC